AUGCCGCGCGAGUGGCCGCGGUCGAAGUCCCAGCGCCUCGUGGACGCGGCGGAGGACGACCCGCGCGGCGCGACGAUCCUGAAGCUCGGCGGGCUGGGGCUGCCGCGCGUGACGUUCCGCGCGCUGUCGAUCGAGACGCUCACGGAGCUCGACGUGUCGGACAACCGGCUGAGCCGCCUGCAGAAGGACUUCGGCGGGCUCUUUAACCUGGAGGUGCUCGACGUGUCGGGCAACCGGCUGCGGACGUUCCCGCGCGAGCUCCAGGACCUCGACAAGUUACGAGUUCUAAGAGCAUCAAAGAACCGCAUCGCGUGGUUCCCCGCGCACCUCUGGCAGCUCGGCGCGCUCGAGGAGCUCGACCUCUGCGAGAACGUGUUAGUGGAGCUGCCCAUGGAGGUCGGCAACCUGGCGCUCCUCCAGGAGACGCGCCUCCGGGGCAACAAGCUCGCCAAGUGGCCGAACCAGCUCGACUCGCUGAAGAACUUGGAGACGCUGGACCUGUCGAAGAACGACCUCGCGCACAUGGCGCCGGUGCGCGUCGCGCAGUCCGAGGAGCAGAAGACCGCGGCGGUCAAGCCCGGCGAGGUCGCGAUCGGCGCGCCGGACCCGAAGCAGUGCGACUGGGCCGGCCUCGCGUCCCUCACGAGGCUCGACAUCUCGGGCAACCGCAUCGCCGCGUUCCCCGCGGAUCUGGCGAAGAUGACGGCGCUCACGGAGCUCGACGCGCGCGACAACGCCGUAAAGGCGCUGCCGAAGAAUCUGGCGGGCCUGCGGGGCCUCGUGGCCUUCCCCCUCGACGGCAACAGGCUCGAGAAGCUCGACGACGCGCUCAAGGGCCUCCGGGCGCUGAAGCUGUUGUCCGCGCCGCGAAACGGGCUCCGGAGCCUCACGGCUGAGAUUGCGCAGCUGCGCUUCGUGAAGCAGGUCGACCUCGACGGCAACGAGCUCGCGAGCCUGCCCAAGGAGAUCACGCAGCUCCGGAGCUGCGAGCGUCUUACGUUUGCGAAGAACCGGCUCGCGGAGCUCCCCAAGGGCUUCGGCUCCAUGUUCCGGUUGCAGGCGCUCGUGCUCCGGUCGAACAAAUUCGACAAGAUCGACGGCGACCUGCUGGCGUCCCUCGUGUCGCUGACGGAGCUCGACUUCUCGGACAACGCCGUCGCCGCCUUCCCGAAGAAGCUCUGCCGCCUCGGCAAGCUCACGCGGCUCGACCUUUCGCGGAACAAGCUCUGGUUCGUGCCCAAGGAGAUCCGGAGCCUGGGCGAGCUCAAGUUCUUCCACCUCCACGAGAACCGGCUGAAGACGGCGGACAUGAGCCGCGCGGAGGUCGCCACGUUGAAGGCUUUGGAGGUGCUGACGCUCCACGACAACUAUUUAGAAGAAUUACCGCCGGAGUUCGCGGACUUGCCCAGGCUCCGCAAGCUCACGCUGUCCCACAACCCCUGCGCCGCCGAGGUCCACGCGGCCCUGGCGCCCUUCGUGGACGGGUUGCGGGUGCGCGCGACGCACCUCUCCGUGUCCGCGGCCGCGUUCCGCCCCCCCAAACCGGCGGACGUCGAGGACUCGUCGGCGGCCGCGGGCCGCUACCGCCGCGCGGCGACGCUCACGGGCGCGUCCCAGGGCGCGGAGAAGCUCGAGCGCGGCGACGUCGCCGAGGCCGUGGCGCCGCUCGUCGCGGCCGCGGACGCGCACGCGCGCCUCGUCGUCGACGAGCCCCACGCGGCGACGGUAUCGCACCACGUGCACCUCGGCGCCGCGCGCGUGUCCAUCGCCAAGCAGCGGCGGGCCCUCGCCGAGGCCGACAAGUUCGAGCGGUUGGAGCGGGACCGCAAGGCGCGCCGGGAGGAGGAGCUCCGGAAGCGCGCGGAGGAGGAAGCCGCCGCGGAGGAGGAGGAGGAGGACGACGACGACGACGACGCGCCCAAGUUCGUCGCCGCGGCGCCGUCGGCGGCGGAGCUGGACUUCGACCUCGGGGAAGAGAAAUCGCCGCUGCACCGGGACCCGCCGGACGCCGCGACGGCGGAGCUGCUGCUGGAGGCGAAGAAGGCGCUCGACGCGGCGGAGCACCUCGACCUGACCCACCGGCGCGCGGACGCGGCGGCCGUGGAGAUCUACUACCUGCGGGGGCUGGCGGCCUACGAGCUCGACGACGCGCGGCAGGCGAUCUACGACCUCGACGACGCGCUCGCGCUGCGGCCCGCGCACGCGCCGUCGCUCGCGCUCCGCGCCAAGGCGCGCUGCGCGUUGGGCCAGUUCCCCGAGGGCAAGCGCGACUGCCUCAAGGCGAAACGAUUGCUGCUGACGGAGCGGGGGCUGAAAAUGCCGGAGCCCGACGAGCAGGCGCCGCGCGCCGUCGCGGAGGUUCUGGACGAGCUCGAGCUCAACGACAUCUCGCGCGAGGUCGAGCGGGGGUUGGACGCCUUGCAUCUCCUGGGCGUCGACGACAAGAACAUGCACCGCGUCUACGACGUGUCGCCGCAGGGGAUCCUGGGCCGGCGGAAGUCGGAGCUCAAGGACCUCGAGACGACGGGCCGGUCGAAGCGGCGCGCGAUCCUCGAGAUGCGCAAGCGCAAGCACGACUCCUACGUGCGCGACAUGAAGGAGAUGUACGCCGUGGAGGAGGCGGACAUGCGGAGCGCGAAGAACCUCGCGGACAAGGUCCACGCGGACCUCGCGUUCCGCGCGGCCAAGUACCAGCUGGAGCGCGACGAGGAGGACCGGCUCCGGCGCAUCGAGGCCGCGCGGCUCCUGGAGGAGGAGCGGCUCGUCGAGGCGGACCGGUGCCUGGCGAUGGAGGGCGUCGAGCGCGCGUGGAUGGCCGACGAGGAC